AUUCAAAAUAAACCAUAAAGAGUCAUAAUUUUCGUUCUCUAGUCCAUUCAAUAAAUAUCAGACGAAUGAGCGCCUUCCCUGCUCCAAUGAACGCCCUGUAUUUCUAAAACGCCUAACGAUCGCGUCGCGAUCCACAUUCACAGCCAACCGUUCCGCGACAAAAACAUAACCGGGCAAACUUCCCGACGCCACGAUUCUUCCAACUCCAUUCACGACCGAACUCCCGCGCCAAAAUGUCGCAAAACACCAUCGCCAUCGCAACUUUCCAGCUCUACUUCACGCCGCUCCUCUGCCUCACCGGUCUCACGGGCAACUCCUUCACCGUCUUCAUCUUCUGCAACACCAAGAUGAACAAGGUAUCCUCCUCGUACUACUUGGCAGCGUUAGCAGUCAACGAUAACAUGUUUUUGGUAUCGCUGUUCCUGGUGUGGCUGGAGGCACUCGGAUGGGAUCUCUUCAACCGGCCAGGGUUAUGCCAGAGCAUGGUUUAUCUGGCAGGGAUCUGCAGCUUCCUCAACAUCUGGCUGGUGGUGGCUUUCACUCUGGAACGUUACAUCGCUGUGAAGUACCCGUUUCUUAGAACCACUCUCUGCACGACCAGAAGGGCCAAGAUCGCUGUAGCUGUACUGACUGCGAUUUCUAUCCUGGCUCAAUCUCCUCUUUUGGUGUUUUCAAACACAGUGGUCAUGGAAGACAACGCUACCGUGUGCACGAUAAAUGAGGAAUGGACCAGCGCAGCGACUAUAUUUAAUUACGUGGAUUUCGCGACGACUUUCCUUUUGCCUGUUGCUAUGGUUGUUUUCCUCAAUGUUUCUAUCGGCAAGACUCUCAUUCGUGUUUCGGUUGCGAGGAAAAUGUUGACUAAUGAAAGACAGAAAAUAUGUGCGUUAAAGUAUCAGAUUUCGAGGAACAACGUUACUAAAAUGCUGCUGGUGGUAUCUACAGUGUUUCUUUGCCUGAAUUUUCCUAGUUACGUGAUGCGGAUCCUUACAUAUUUAUUACAGUUUGAAUUGAUGGAGAUUGAGGACAUAGAGAAAUUCUCCAUCAUCCAACAAUGGUGCCUUCAACUGUUCUACACCAAUUUCGGCAUCAACUUCUUCCUUUACUGUAUCAGCGGCCAAAACUUCAGAAGGGCCCUAGUAGGCAUUUUCAGCAAGACUCCGAAAACAGGCACAGAAACAUUGAUCCUGUCAGAUAGCAGAACAACCCCAACUCAUUCAUCAUCCCGCUGCAAACGAAAAGGAACUGUUUGUGUGCAUGUUACGGUUAAAGCAAGUCCGAAACAAAGUCGACAAAUGGUUGAGGUUUAAAAUACGCAAUAAAAUACUAUCUACUGAGACUUGAUAUGAAAGAAACCUGAAAGGUUAAAUGUUACGUGUCCUGUUCCAAACUUGUUAAUUCAUCAAGACCAAAGCAAGACAUGAAAAUGGGAUGUUAAGAAUAAAAUUCGGAAAUGUCCAGCCAAAAUCCAUAAUAAUGCUGACCAAUGAAUAAUAACGUUCCAAGUCAAUUAAGAAAAAUGAAUAGCGAAUCAUGGACAAAUAUUAAGAAUAUAGAUCAUGGAGUAUAUAGGCUGUCCAAAAUUGUUUUGUAUUGUAGAUAUC